AUGUCUUCCUUAUCUUUGCUUUGUUUCAAUGUUGCCUUAGGACUAACAUCCCUAUCUUUGUUAUUAUUCAAUGAUUAUUUGGGACUAAAACUCCCAACUUUUUUUGUUUCUUCCUUCCGUAGUUCCUUAACUUCUUUUCCUUCAAAUGUUCCCACCUCUCUCUCUCUCUCUCUCUCUCUCUCUCCCCUAAUUCUUAUUUUUACUCUUUCUCUUCCUUCUUCUUCCUCUUUGCUGGCUUAUCACUCGACAGUCUUUCUCUUCGAUCUACUCUCUAUUCACUCUUUUCUCCUCUUCCUCCUUCACUUCGUGACCGAACUUUUUCUUUCACUUUCACUUAAAACGACGGAAAUUCCAUUCAAUAAUGGAUUCUGUCACCAACUUCUCUUGGCUUUUCUCCGUUUGACUUUCUUCUUCUUCUUCUUCUUCUUCUUCUUCUUCUUCUUCUUCUUCUUCUUCCUCUACUACUACUACUACUCCCUCAUAUUCUUAUUGUUAUUCUAUUCAUCACCUUUUUCGCAAUUUCUUUUUAUUCAUGGAUUUUGUUGUAGUUGUUUUUUUUUCUUCGUCUUUAUUUUGCAUUUUUUUACCUUCUUGUAUCUCUGUCUCUCCUUUUCCUUUCGUCUAUUUCUUACCGUUUUCUUCUUCCUUUUUAGGAUAUGUCCUCGCCGUAUUUUUUUUCUUCCUCCUCAUUCUUUCCUUCAUCAUUCUUCAUAUGUUGUUCUUUUAAAAAUCAAUGCUAUUCAAUAUUUCUCUUUUUCUUCUCAUCUUUCUUCUUUUCAUCUUUUUUUAUAUUUAUUUCUUAUUCACAAAGCUAACAGAAUUUUCCCUAUCAACUCCAUUAUCUAUCUAUCUAUCUAUCUAUCUAUCUAUCUAUCUAUCUAUCUAUCUAUCUAUCUAAAUCUGUUCUCAAUGUUUGUUCAUCUAUCUAAAGCUGUUCAGUUCAGAUCUAUCUAUCUAUCUAUCUAUCUAUCUAUCUAUCUAUCUAUCUAUCUAUCUAUCUAUCUAUCAGUUUAA